GCUCAGCUGGGGCAGAUGAGAUUUAUGGCUAUUUCUGCCAGCACUUGGUUUUUUGAGCCUCUCACUACUGAAAAUACUUGCUGGUGGUGUUAUUCCUCAGACCGAGGGAGGAAACUGAGGGGAAGACGACAAGGUCUCAGAGACACGGGGGCAGUAAGGACAGAGCCCCUUGGGAGGGGCCCCAGCUUGGUUCUUAUUCCAGCCCUGGCCCAUUGUGACCUCCCAGGCUUCACAUGAGCCUUUGUGACUGUCACCUGGGGUAGACCUGUAAGCCAGCAUGACACCAAAGUGCCCUCAGUAAGAGGGUGGCAGGUCAGCCAGGCCAGAGCCUGGACCUGGGGUCAAAGGAGUUACAGGGAGGGAUGGAGGGGCCAAAAGCCCUGGGGCCCUGUGGCCACACUCACCCCCAGAGUCCUCCAGCCCCAGCUUCAAGCAGCCAUGGAGGAUGCCUCGAUCAGCCUUGCCAAGGAUUUGUAAGGUGGCCCUGCCUAGUCCCCCUUCCAUCCACUCACUCACUGGAGUCGACUUUCCCAGCUCCAGGCGCAAAGGGUGGGGUGCCCAGGAUGGGAGGCAAGGCCUCCUUUCUAUCCAGAAAAGAAGAGGAGUUGCAGCAGCAGAGAGCAAGAGAACCAGGGGUGGCAAGACCAGGAGAACCGGAGCUGGAACAGGAGAAUCACAGCGUGAAAAGGCAGAAUCAGGACCUCCAGGAGCAGCUGGGGGCAAUGCUGGGGCCAGGGCAGCGUUUCCUGCGCCUGUGUCCCGAGCACUCUAGCUGCUCAGGCCUGGCCUGGAAUGAGCUGCAACAGAUCCGAUUGUCCUUUGAGAGGAAGAAGAUGACCAUCACGGAGGUGUGGGACGGUGUGGCAGAGGUACACAUGGCCCUGAACAACCAGGCUACUGGACUCCUGAACCUCAAGAAGGACAUUCGGGGUGUGCUAGACCAAAUGGAAGACAUUCAGCUGGAGAUUCUGGGGAACCGGGCCCAGUGCCGCAGCCAGGCCAGGAAGGAGCAGCAGACGGCGUGUGUGGCACCCUCGACACAGGCACUGACACAGUCCCCACGACAGAAAGGGAGGCCACAGCUGGGAUGUUCCAAGAGCUUCAAGGGCCAGCUCUGGCUGCUAGCCCUGAGGCUGCUGCUGGGCACCCUGCUGGCCUGCACUGCUGCCUAUGUUUACGUGGUGGACCCCGCACCCUUUGAGGGGCUGGUGCCGCCCCUGUUGAGCCGAACCACAGUCUGGAAGCUCCGGGCCCUGCUGGGCCCCUUCCUUCGUCUCGAGGUGGAUGACUUCCUGCCCUUCUAGGCCAGAGGCCCAGUGGCCCCAACGAGGAGGCGGCCAGGCUGCCGGCACUGCCCCAGGUGUCCAGUGGCCCCAUCUGCUCAUGCCCACGGCACCGCCAAGCAUGGUCCCUGCCAGGAGUUGUGGGAAGGGAGGAGGCGGGGUCUGUCCUGAGGCUGGGCCUGCAGCUGGACAUACAGUCAUGACAUGU